CACGUGACCUUUAAAUUUCCUUGGCAUUGAGCGCAUUUAUUAAUCCAUAUUUAAGAGCGCCCAACUUACACUGACUAAAAAGAAGUAAACAUGGCGUCCGCAGUGCUCCGUUCCAGCGGACGACUGUGUCAAAACUCUGUUUUAAAGCAUGCAGUAAAGUCUUUAUCAGUUGCACAAACAACUCAACAAAGGAGAAACCUGUCUCUCCAUGAAUAUCUGUCAUGGGAUCUUCUCAAAGAAGCAGGAGUGAAGGUGCCCAAGUACAGGGUUACAGAGAGCAUUGGAGAAGUCAUGAGAAUAGCCGAGGAUUUAGUAAAUGAGACAGGAAACCAAGAUGUUGUUGUUAAAGCACAAGUUUUAGCAGGAGGGCGUGGUAAAGGCACUUUCUCCAGUGGUCUCAAAGGUGGUGUAAAACUAGCUUUCUCGCCUGAUGAAGCAGAAAGUCUGGCAAGUAAAAUGAUUGGACAUAAAUUAGUAACAAAACAGACAGGCGAGGCUGGUAGAAUAUGUAACACUGUGAUGGUUGUAGAGAGAUUGUAUGCCCGAAGAGAAUUCUAUUUCGCAAUUGCCAUGGAGAGAGCUUUUAAUGGUCCAGUUAUGAUUGGUAGUUCACAAGGUGGUAUGAAUAUUGAGGAGGUAGCUAAAGAGAACCCUACAGCCAUAAUAAAGGAACCUAUAGAUAUAACUACAGGUGUGACUCGAGAACAGGCUGUUAGUCUUGCAGCUGACAUGAGUUUUGAUGCUUCCAGUAUAGAUCAGGCAGCUGACACAUUUUUGAACCUGUAUAACAAUGUGUUUAUCAAAUAUGAUGCUACCAUGUUGGAAAUUAACCCGAUGGCGGAGGAUAAUGGUGGAAAUGUAUAUUGUAUGGAUUGCAAGCUAAAUUUUGACGAUAAUGCUGCAUAUAGACAACAAAAUAUAUAUAAAUUACGAGACUGGACACAAGAAGAUCCAAGAGAACAGAGUGCCGCUAAAUCAGAUCUUAACUAUAUUGGUCUAGACGGAAGUAUAGGCUGUCUUGUAAAUGGUGCUGGUUUAGCUAUGGCCACAAUGGAUAUUAUCAAAUUACAUGGUGGACAGCCAGCAAACUUUCUAGACGUUGGAGGCGGAGCUACGUCCAAACAGGUGACAGAGGCCUUCCGAUUGAUCACAUCGGAUCCUAAU